UUGGAAAGCGUGCAACAGAGCACGCACUAGAUAUGCCCAAGUGCCCAGCAGUUGGACGUUAAUUUCACUUGUUACGUUGGUUUUAAUAUUCACCUGGAGCAAAGCGGACAAAAUGGAGAGGAAACUGCACAGUGGAAUGCACCAUCCCACCCUGCGGCAGCUGCAGGAGUCGGGCUGCGAGAUAGCGCCGCACAAUCUCAUGUAUCCGGUGUUCAUCGUGAGCAACAACGACGACGUGCAGCCGAUUGCCAGCAUGCCGGGAAUCUCGAGACUCGGACUGAAUCGCCUGAGGGAGCACCUGGAGCCGCUGGUGGCCAAGGGAUUGUCGUCGGUGCUGCUCUUUGGCGUCGUGGAGCCGGAGCUGAAGGAUGAGCAGGCCUCCAAUGCGGAUUCCGCAAAGAAUCCAGUGGUUCUAGCUCUGCCAAAGCUCCGGGAAUGGUUUCCAGAUCUGCUGAUAGCCUGUGAUGUGUGCAUCUGCCCGUACUCCUCGCACGGUCAUUGUGGUCUCCUGGGCGAAACGGGACUGGAGAACGGACCCAGCAUAAAGCGGAUAGCUGAGAUUGCCGUGGCUUAUGCCAAAGCAGGAGCCCACAUUGUGGCUCCUUCGGACAUGAUGGACAACCGGGUGAAGGCGAUCAAGCAGGCCCUCAUUGAUGCCCAGAUGAACAGCGUGUCCCUGCUGGCGUACUCCGCCAAGUUCACCUCCAAUUUCUACGGACCCUUCAGGGAGGCGGCGCAAUCCGCACCGAAAUUCGGCGACCGCAGGUGCUAUCAGCUGCCCAGUGGCUCCAGGAACUUGGCCAUGAGAGCCAUUCAACGCGAUGUCGCCGAGGGCGCAGACAUGCUGAUGGUGAAACCUGGAAUGCCUUAUCUGGACAUUCUCCGCUCCACGAAGGAUUCCUACCCGUAUCACACGCUGUACGUUUACCAGGUUUCCGGGGAGUACGCUAUGUUGUAUCAUGCUGCCAAGGCGGAAGCCUUCGACCUCAAGGAUGCCGUACUGGAGGUCAUGAAGGGCUUCCGGCGCGCUGGUGCGGAUUGCAUCAUCACCUACUACACACCCUUUCUGCUGGACAUUAUCGCAGAGGCGAAAUAAUGGUGUACCGCCAAUGUUCGAUGUGCGAUGUCUUAAUACCAUGUUCAUGUACAUACGUAGAUUAGAGUGGACCUAUCAGAACUUUAAUUUUGUACACUUUUGUAACAGAUAUAGCAGUGCAAUCUUUGCAGCACUUUUUACAUAUUUAUACGGAGCUCUCCAUAGACUAAUAAUUUUUAAUACUAAAAGGGGAUAAAUAUUAACUUGUAUUUAGGGACCAGCAUAUUAAGUUUACCGAUUAAGUGGCUUAAAUAAAACGCAAAGCUUUUACAUACUUCAAUAUAGACAAUAUUUUGAUGCACUAGGAUUUAAAUUCAAUAAAAGAAGUCCACUCUAAUCUUGAA